CGUCAACAUUCUGCCUCUUCUGCCUACAUCUGCGACACACAAAAAGCACGCUACGUACCACUAACUACAAAAGAAAACUUCCUUGGUGCCAACACUUUCUUCCUUCUUGAAAGAACACAUUCACAAGAUACAUCUUGAGUACUCUACUACUACUACAAGCAUCUCUCACAAUACAAACAAAUAAGCAAACAGAUCAGAUCAGAUCAGAUCAACUACCUUCAUCAUGUCUGCUAGCACAGUCCACGUCAAGAACAUCAGUUCUGCCACCAGCGAGAAGGAGAUCAAGGAUUUCUUUUCCUUCUGUGGUAAGAUCAGCUCCAUCGAGGUCACCAAAUCCGGAGAGUCGCAAAAUGCCACCGUAACUUUCGAAAAGGAGACAGCUGCGAAGACUGCCCUCCUCCUCGACAACACCCAGCUCGGUGCCACACAUGUCCAAGUCACCAGCGCCACUGGAUCAAACAACGACGAUGGAAGCCACUUCACACAAAACACUGAGAGAGACAGCGAUGAGAUCACUCAGGAGGAGAAGCCCCGUGCCCGUAUCGCUGCUGAGUACAUUGCCCACGGUUACGUUCUCGGCGACCAGGCUAUCCAGAAGGCCAUCGACCUUGACACCAAGCACGGAGUUUCCAACCGCUUCUUGUCCACCCUCACCAGCCUAGACCAGAAGUACCAUGCUACCGAUAAGGCCAAGUCUGUCGAUCAAUCCUACGGCGUCACCGAAAAGGCCAACAACCUUCUCACUGGCUUGACCUCCUACUUCGAGAAGGCCGCUGGAACUCCCACUGGCCAGAAGCUCGUCAACUUCUAUACCCAAGGAUCCAAGCAAGUCCAGGAUAUCCAUGCCGAGGCUCGCCGUCUCGCCGAUUUGAAGAAGCAGGAUGCUGGUGUCACAAAGGUUCCCGGUACCGAGAAGACUACUUGUAAGUGUGCUUCAGAUUCUAAGAACUGCCCAUGUGAGGCGGGCAAAUGUUCUUGUGUUGGAUGUGAGAAGUCAGAUGUCAAGAAGGUUGCCGAGACGGAGAAGACAACUUGCAAGUGUGGUGGCGACACCAAAGUAUGCGGUUGCGCACCAGGAAAGUGUUCAUGCAGCGAUUGUCCUAAGGCAACGACCGAACCUGUUGCUGGUACCGACAAGACGACCUGCAAAUGUGGAGGAGAUGACAAGAACUGUCCUUGCGAGUCUGGCAAAUGUGCUUGCAUCGGCUGCUCCAAGUAAACGUCACCGGAUCAACACAUUCUCUUUAAUUCGCUAGUUUCCUUGGGCCGAAUUUCAACAAAAAACUUGUAUUUCUAUUUAUUUUUAGAUGGGUGUUUUCGCUGACAAGUUGCUCGCGUGUUUACUUUUCAGCCCCUAGCACAUCCACCCCUUCUGCAUCUGCUGUCGCUUCCGAGGGAACGGGUGUUGUUGAGAGCACAAAGGUUGCACCUUUGGAGCCUGAGAAGAUUACUUAUGCUUGAUUGAUUGGUUUGGUUUGCGCUUUGUCGUUGCCGUUGCCGUUGUUAUCUUGCAAUGCGAUGCGUGCGUGCGGUUUGGGCGGUUGUUAAUUGAUUUGAAAGUUGAGGGGGGUUGGGUUGGGUUGGCGUGUGGUGCGAGAUGUGGGAAUGGGAAUGGGAAUUGGUGCCGAGAUACCUGGUUUUCGAGAGAGGGGUACCUCAGGGAUGGGUUGAUGGACUGGUGGAUGGAUGAAAAGAAGGGGAGAAGCAUGCUUGCUUGCAAAUGCUAAGAUUUCUACGAAACCAGAUUAUGUUUUAUGAAUGGAAUGCAUCAUCAACCAAUCAAUCAAUCAAUUUCCUUCCAAUAUGCUCACAGUCUGAAUAUACUUUCCGAAGUGAAAUAGAUUAGUUUGCAUUUGAAGUUAGAUAUGAAUAUACUAUGACACAGAUGAUGAGGUUUAAAGAUAGGUAGGUAGGUAGGUAGGUAGGCAGGUAGGUAGGAAGCGAGGAAAACAUGAGGAUAUCAAGUGGAGGGGGUGUCUGUAAUCCCUGACUGAUUUUUAUGUAUCUACCUACCUUCUACUCUUAGCACAUUUUUUCUACUUUCUACUCUCUACCUACGUCUUACAGUCAGAAAGGAAAUCCCCAAGUUCCUUUUAUAGAAGAAAUUUCUCCUACGAAGCAGGUACCUACCUACCGACCGACCGGGUCUUCACAUCCAUCCUCGAAGGGAGAGACCAGACCGGACCAGACCGGACCAGGCCAGACCGGACCGGACUCCU